CCUUUUCCAACUUGCUUGAUUUUGCUCGCUUGUUCUUUGCUCUCUCGUCGGAUCCUCGUCCGUCCUUCGUGCGGAGCAAGGGUACAUCAUGCUGAGCGUCGUGGGAAGAGCCUGCUCUAGCGUGCUAAAAGCGGCGAAGCCUGCCGCCUCUUUAGUAAAAGUUAACGGGGCGAGCUCGAAGUUGCUUCCGGCGCUGUGUGCAACACAUCCUGUGAACAGACGACAUGCAGCAGCACAAGCGAGUCCUAAGGCAGCCACCGGACACAUUGUGGCUGUCAUUGGUGCCGUUGUGGAUGUGCAGUUCGAUGGCAACUUGCCACGCAUCUUGAACGCUCUCGAGGUUGAAGGUCGCAAGUCACGACUUGUCCUUGAGGUGGCACAGCACUUAGGAGAAAGCACUGUGCGCACCAUUGCCAUGGACGGUACGGAGGGUCUUGUGCGUGGCCAGAAAGUGAGGGACACAGAGUCGCCCAUCACGAUCCCUGUCGGGCCCGAAACUUUGGGUCGUAUCAUGAAUGUUAUUGGCGAGCCCAUUGACGAAAGGGGCCCCAUUAACUCGGACAAGUUCCUCUCCAUCCAUCAGGAGGCACCGGAGUUUGUUGAGAUGAGUGUCGAGCAGGAGAUUCUCGUCACAGGCAUCAAGGUUGUAGACUUGCUGGCGCCAUACUCCAAGGGAGGCAAGAUCGGUCUCUUCGGUGGUGCUGGUGUCGGCAAGACUGUACUCAUUAUGGAGCUGAUCAACAACGUGGCCAAGGCGCAUGGUGGUUAUUCCGUGUUUGCUGGUGUCGGCGAGCGUACCCGUGAGGGCAAUGAUCUGUACCACGAGAUGAUUGAAGGUGGUGUCAUCAGUCUCAAGGACAAGAGCUCUAAGGUCUCCCUCGUGUACGGCCAGAUGAACGAGCCUCCUGGUGCCCGUGCCCGUGUGGCCCUGACUGGUCUCUCUGUGGCUGAAUACUUCCGUGACCAGGAAGGACAGGACGUGCUGCUCUUCAUUGACAACAUCUUCAGGUUCACCCAGGCUGGCUCCGAGGUGUCUGCCCUGUUGGGCCGUAUCCCCUCUGCUGUGGGUUACCAACCUACGUUGGCCACAGACAUGGGUACCAUGCAGGAGCGUAUCACCACCACCAAAAAGGGCUCCAUCACCUCUGUACAGGCCAUCUACGUGCCAGCUGAUGACUUGACAGAUCCUGCGCCAGCCACAACGUUUGCCCACUUGGACGCCACCACUGUGCUGUCCCGAGGUAUUGCUGAGCUCGGAAUCUACCCUGCAGUGGACCCCUUGGACUCUACCUCUCGUAUCAUGGACCCCAACGUUGUCGGGCAAGAGCACUACGACAUUGCACGUGGUGUCCAGAAGAUUCUCCAGGACUACAAAUCGCUCCAAGACAUCAUUGCCAUCUUGGGCAUGGACGAGUUGUCUGAAGAGGACAAGCUGACUGUGUCUCGUGCCCGCAAGAUCCAGCGUUUCCUCUCGCAGCCUUUCCAAGUGGCUGAAGUUUUCACAGGACAGGCGGGCAAGUUUGUGCCCCUAACCGAAACCAUCACUGGCUUCAAGCAAAUCCUUAAUGGUGAAAUGGACCACCUGCCCGAAGUCGCAUUCUACAUGGUGGGCCCCAUUGAUGAAGUUCGUGAGAAGGCCGAGAAGUUGGCAGCCGAGGCUACGUAAAGGGUGUCAUCAGCAAGCUGCAUGUACAGGACAGACGAGUGACCGCCGCUAGCCACACAUCCAGACUGCCAUAGGGUAGCCAUCAUGUUUUUUUUUUUUUUUUUUGUAGCGGAGGUGUUAAUAAAGGAAGGUCUGUGUCUUCCUUGUGA